AUACUCUAUUGCAUGUCAUUAUCCAUCCGCACCAAUACAAUACAAGGUAAGGGAAAAAAGUAAAAGAAAAAAAGACAAAUUCAAAUAAAGAAAUUAAAUAAUGGCGAUUUGGUGAAUGAAGCUAAGGCAUCCUUAUAUUUGUGAGAAUUUCAGCAAGAAGAAAGAAUAAUCCUGUAUCGAUGAGGGACUGCAAGAACAGUGGCGGUGCAAAGGAAGAACACGAUGAAGAGAAAGUGACAGUGGCUUUGCAUAUUGGGCUCCCUAACAACAACAACAGCAGCAGCAAUGAGAGGAAGAAGGUUUUCCAUGAUGAUGCAGCAGAGAGAUUCUGGAUACCAACGGCAGCACAGACCUUCACUAGGUAUAACAACAUGCAGAGUGUUUUUGCAGGUAUCACCUCCCAUUCCUUCAUACACACAAGUCGGAUGGAAGUUACAGAGGCUUCCUCCUUCAGACGAUCGGGCCAGCCCAACGAGUCCAGCCCACUAAUCUUCGGUUACUCAUCGUAACAUAUAUAUUCAUGGUUUCUAGCCGUAGCUUUUUUACAAUAAUUUGAUUUGUUAUACCCCUUCAGAUCGGAAAGUAUAUUAAUUAACAAUUAUAUAUUAGUUAGGACAAAUUAAAGGGGAUACUAUAUAUACACGGCUAGGCCAUGUAAAAGAUGGGCAUCACAUACAUUCAUAAUGAGGCAUAUGGUAAGUUAAAUAAAGUAGGCUUAGUUGAGGAGUAGUUUGAUAAUGAAUGAUUGAUGAUAAAUAAAAUUUAUUAUUUUUGUCCGCAGUUAUUCAUCAUUAAUGUUUAAAAGUAUGUUGUUGGAUUAAUUUACUAAAAUGAUAAGUUGAUAGUUAAAAAUGAUAGCCAGAUAAAUUCUGAUGAGGGUGAAAUAUUUCUACUAAGCAUAAUUUGAAUAAAAAAUAAAAUAAAAAAAUAUAAGGUUAAUUUGACAGUUGACAGACAUACAAUAAGUAAUUAUUAUUCAGAUGCAUAUGUGGGGGCAUGAAUGGGAAUAUAGGAAAGGAGCAGAGUCAGUGAAAGGAACACAGGCAGCGGGAAUGCUAAGGUUAGCAUGUUAUUGUUGCGCUGAAGGAUGCAAGAACAACAUAAAGCAUCCAAGGGCAAAGGCAUUGAAGGACUUGAGGACCCUCUAAACACACUACAAGAGGAAGCAUGGCACAAAGGCAUUCAUGUGCAGGAAAUGUGGCAAGCUUUGGUAUUGCACUUGCGGUUCCGACUUCAAGCACAAAAGGUCCCUCAAAGAUCACGUUACAUCCUUUGGAAGGGGCCGUAAUCCUCAUCCAUCCUCCUCCACUUGAUGCAUGUCUCAUUAUCUGAAUUCAGAGACUUCGCUUUUGCUUUAAUAUAUCACAAUACGUGCAUGGUUGCCUCCAAGUCAUGAAGUUGAAGAAUUUUCUUCUCAUCAUAUAGCAAGCAAUAGCACAUCAAAGUUAGGGUGUAAAAAGUGUUGCCAUAACGUCUUAUCUCAAGGGUUGUGUUUGGGUGUUCUAAGGCAACCCUUUGUGAAGUUGUUUUAUUCGCAGAAAAGACAACGUUUUUUGAAAGUUGUCGUAAAAGAAUUUUUUUUAAUUUUUAUAAAAACGUUGUCUUAAACUAAAAGUAACAGCCGUAUAGUCAAUUUCAAAAAGCGUUGUUUUAUGUCAAAAAGUAUUGUCUUUUAUCAAAAGCAACACUUUUUCUUAUUAUAGGCAACAUUUUAAAAGGGUGCCUCAUCCCAAAUUUAUUGUAGUGUCAAUGAAAAAAAUUUAUCCGCUUCAUUACUAAAGGGUAACCCUUCAUUUAAUAAUUAAGGACUUCUUUUUAGUGCUUUAA